AUGUGGAACAGUGGCAGUGAGAUAUUCUAUGAUCAGUGUGUUGCUUCAGCUACAAAUAUAAAAUUUGAUGGGCUUGAAUUACAUUGGUUACCAGAAAUAAGUGCUGCAUUUACAAGUUACAAAGCAAGUCCAAACAUGCAAGCGUCUAUGCAUAGAGCCAUGGGUGAAUAUCACCUGGAGUUUGAUAGAGUAUAUCCGUGUGAAACAACAAAAAACCAUCCGAUUCAAUUUAAUUGGUAUUUAAGUAAAAAGACAUCAAAUAUAACGGAGUUCAAAGGCAAUACGACACUUUUGAUACCUUUCGAUGAUACUCUUACAGUCGAUGGUAAUCUUGCAUCUUGGGGCUCAACUGGCGGAUGGGUGCCAAAUGCAUAUGUCCUCAAUACAAAAAAGGCAUGCAGUACUGUAAAACAUCUCAUUGGAAAUGCAGUUCUUAACUUUUUAGAGGGUUUCAACAUUCCAACUAAUAAAUGUCCAUGGCCAGUGGGCACAUAUAUUACGUCAGGGAUCGAUAAGAAGAAACUUGAAGAUAUGAACUUUCCCAAAAUAUAUUUUUAUGGAAAAUAUAAAGUUGUGGUUCGCUAUAAAAAUUUGAAAAAUGAAGUAGUUGGCUGCGUUGUCCUUGAGUUUCAUCUUAUGCGACCUUGGGAAACACCAAUUUGAUUACACUAUAUGAAAUAAUAAUAUAAUA